AUUCAGGCGUUUCUAUUAAUAUUUAGGAACAAAUGGACACGACCUUGGACGCUCUUCAAAAUGAGGUGGAAUUUUAUCGGCAAAAUCAAACAGUAGUAGAACAAGAAAUCAGAACAUUGAUAGCAGACAAUCAAAAGCUAUCACAACAGGUCGGAGUGUUGUUAAAAGAAAAACUUGAGAAUGCGAGACACCCACACAGCCAAGAUAUUGACCAGAACAACCAAGUAGAGGAACUAAGUAGACAAAAUACUUUACUUAUUAAGGAACGAGACUCUUUACAUGUAUUAUGGCAAACGUCGCAGAAAACUAUUGACGCUUUAGAAACUGAAUUGAAAACAUAUCAAUCUUAUGAAAAUAGAGGUGGCCAGAAUACUAAUGAAGAAAAUCGGGAUUUAAAACUAAAACUGGAAACGGCAUUAACAGACUAUGUAGAGCUGGAAUCCAAAUAUAAAGAAAUAAAUAAAAAUAACAAUGAGUUAGAGAAUAAUAUUAAGACAAAAGAAAAAGAAAUAAAUUAUUAUAAAGAGAGGGGCAAACAAUUAGAAGAUAAGGUCUGCGAAAUAACUAAAACACUAGAUGAGUACAAAGUGAAUUCUACAAUAGACAAAAAGACUAAUGAGGAUGUAAGAAGACAAUUACAGUUAUGCCAAAAAGAAAGCACUGAAAAAAUAAGAAAAGAAAUAGAAGCCAAAGCAAAGGUAGCAGAAGCACUACAUCUUUUCGAUUUAGUAUCAGAGCAAAAGAAAGAAGCACAUAAGAUAAUUAAUGACAUGUCAGAGCAAUUGAUCACAUUGAAGCAGACAUUAGCAAAUGUUAGAUAUGACAUAGAAUCAAAUUAUAAAAAAGAAUUAGAUAACAUAAAAGAAAAAUACAAUGAGAAAGUGACAGAUAUGCUUGAACAUAUAAAAAAUCUAGACACCGAAUUAGUGGAAAAAGGAUUACUUCUUAACAAAACAUUAAGGCAAAACAAAGUACUACAAGCAACAAAUGAAAGCUAUUUAAAACAACAGAAAGAAUGUGAAAAUAUAGCAGAUCCUAAAUUGACACUGGCAGAACAAAGAUUGGAAGCAAUGUUCCAAGAACUGGUAACAUCUGAAAGACGAAACAUCCAACUGGUAUGCGAAAAACAAUGCUUGGCUAUAGAUAUACAAAGAAUACAAGACAUUCACACGAGAGAGAGAAAAAGACGAGACUGGGAAGAAGGCCUUUUGAAGACUCAGUGUGAAGAAUUAAAAAUACAAGUUGGACACCUUCAAAAAUCAUUGGAGGAAACACAUGGAAUGAUAAGCAAAUUACAAAAAAUGUUGUCAUCAAGAACAGAAUUAAAUCAAAAAAUGGUGUCUACAAAAGAAGAAGAAUUAUUAGAACUGAAUAAACAUCUAGAAAAUCAAAUGGAACUUAGCAAAAAGUGGAAAGAGUCCUAUGUGGAAAUGACUGAAAAAAUGAAAAAGAAAUUGGAAGACUUGCAAAUAGAAAACAUAGAAUUGAAAUCGAAAUUACAAAUGACCCAAUCUGAGUCUCAUGAUAAUGCCAGCUCGUCUAGUUAAUAAGAAAAUAACUUUAUUAAAAUUGUGCAAUAUUUAGAAAUUAUUAUAUUUUAUAAUAACCAUAAAUAUACAUAUGUAUAUAGAUAGAAGAUACUUAUUCUUAUUUCGAAAACAAAUUUAUUUACAAAAUAGUUA